CCUCCUUUUCCUCCCCGCAUCGGGGGGUUUAAUGAGAGCCAUCCCGUCCCGUCGAAGGGAGGGAAACUCCUCCUUUUGUGAGUCAUUCCCGGCCGAGGAAGGAAGGGAAGAAGGAGGGAGGAGAAGAGGAGGAGGAGGGAGGCGAAAGAGGAGGAGGAGAAGCAGGAGCAGCAGCAUCGGUGUCUCCCUCGUCGGUCCAGAAAGGCGAGAGGCAGCCAGGGAGGCACUUGGGACCUCUUUUUCCCUUCCUUUCCCGCUUCUCUUUCCCUUCGGCCAUGCUACUCUUCCUCCUCCUCCUCCUGAGUCUCUCCUCCUUUUCCUUUCGCUCCGUUCGGGGCUUCAACUUGGACGCCGAGGCGCCGACGCGGUUCACCGGCCCCUCGGGGAGCUUCUUCGGCUUCUCAGUGGAUUUCUACCUCCCGGAGCAGCCAAGCAUCAGUGUUCUUGUUGGAGCCCCAAAAGACGAUACAAACCAGCUAGACGUAACGAAAGGAGGUGCUGUCUACUACUGUCCCUGGCAUCUUGGCCACAGCAGCUGUACACCCAUUGAAUUUGGCAGCAGCAAAGAAUCCCGUGUGGAAGAGUUCAAUGGGACACUGGAGCAAAUGGAGUUCAAAUCCUUGCAGUGGUUUGGAGCAACAGUGCGAUCACAUGGAAGCUCCAUAUUGGCCUGCGCUCCACUCUACAGUUGGCGAACAAAUAAGGAUGAACCUGAACGUGAGGUUGUGGGCACCUGCUACCUGUCAGUUAACAACUUUACCAAGUUUGUGGAAUAUGCACCUUGCCGCUCAGACUUGACCUCUGCCCGUGGACAAGGCUACUGUCAAAGUGGGUUUAGUGCUGAGUUCACAAAGAAUGGACGUGUUCUUCUUGGUGGCCCUGGAAGCUAUUUCUGGCAAGGCCAGGUGCUAUCGGCAACGCAAGAGGCCAUACAAAAUGUCUACGAUCCUGAAUAUUUAGUCCUUGAUGUUAGAGGACAACUUGAAACUCGACAGACUCAUCUAAAUGCUGAUGAUAGUUACCUUGGUUACUCUGUGGCUGUAGGAGAAUUCAGCGGUGAUUCCACUGAAGAUUUUGUGGCUGGUGUUCCCAAAGGCAAUUUGACUUAUGGAUAUGUCACAAUUCUUAAUGGAAGUGACAUUCGACCUUUGUACAACUUUUCUGGAGAACAGAUGGCUGCCUAUUUUGGAUAUGCUGUGGCUGCCACUGACAUCAACAAUGAUGGUCUAGAUGACCUGUUGAUCGGUGCCCCCUUGUUUAUGGAGAAAACUGAAGAUGGCCGUGUGCAGGAGGUGGGCAGGGUCUACGUCUACUUGCAAAAGCUGUAUGGCAUGGACUCUGGUGCAUCGGCUGUACUCACUGGCCACCAAGAGUUUGGACGCUUUGGCAGUGCUGUUGCCCCACUAGGAGACCUCAAUCAGGAUGGCUACAACGAUGUAGCAAUUGCAGCACCAUUUGGCGGCAAAGCCCAGCAAGGUGUAGUCUAUGUGUACAACGGCCGGCAUGAUGGACUGGAUCCCAAGCCUUCUCAGAUGUUGCAGGGCCAUUGGCCUCCUGGCCAAACUCCUGACUUCUUUGGGUUUGCCCUGCGUGGGGCCAAAGACCUAGAUAAAAAUGGCUACCCAGAUCUGAUUGUGGGAGCCUUUGGAGUAGACACAGCCAUGGUUUACAGGGGCCGCCCCAUUGUUCACGCCAGUGCCACUCUCAGCAUCUUCCCUAAUAUGUUUAAUCCAGAAGAGCGAACUUGCAUCCUUGAGGGCUCAGGAACACCUGUUGCUUGCAUCAACCUGAGUUUCUGUUUGAACGCAUCUGGGAAACACGUGCCUGACACUAUUGGAUUCACUGUGGACUUGCACCUUGACCGCCUCAAGCACAAAGGGGCAGUGAAGCGGGCGCUCUUCCUUCACACCCAGAAAGCCCACCUUGUCCAGAGUCUACAGCUCCGAAAUGGUGCCAGCUCUGAGUGCCGUGAGAUGAAGAUCUACCUUAGGAAUGAGUCUGAAUUCCGUGACAAGCUUUCCCCCAUCUACCUGUCUCUCAACUUCUCCUUGGACCCAGAAGCCCCGCCAGAUGCACAUGGUCUGAAGCCCAUCCUCAACUACCUCACACACACCUACAUUGAACAGAAGGCUCAGAUUCAGCUUGAUUGUGGUGAAGACAAUGUCUGCGUCCCUGAUCUCCACCUCAGUGUCUUUGGGGACCAUUCUGUUGUCUACCUGGGAGACAAGAAUGCGCUGAACCUCUCCUUCCAUGCUCAAAACCGUGGAGAAGGCGGAGCCUAUGAGGCUGAGCUCCAUGUUAUCAUCCCACCGGAAGCGGACUACACAGGAGUUUUGCGGAACCAUGGGAACUUUUCCAUCCAGAGUUGCAACUAUGAUACCAUCAAUGAUACCAAGAUGGUCAUCUGUGACCUUGGCAAUCCAAUGAAGGCAGGCAUUAGUCUCUGGGGUGGGUUACGCUUUACCGUGCCUCGCCUCAUUGAUGCCAAGAAAUCCAUCCAGUUCGACUUUCAGAUCCACAGCAAGAACGCAAACAAUUCCCACAGUGAGGUGGUGUCAUACACCUUGAAUGUUAAAGCCGCUCUCCGCAUCUCACCUCGUGGAGCUUCCAUGCCUGACACAGUGUCUCUCCCAGGCUCUGGUUGGGUUCCAGGUCGAUCGGUGCACCGAGAGCAAGAUGUGGGCCCUGGUGUGUGCCAUGUCUAUGAGUUUGCAAAUGAGGGACCAAGUGCCAUCAGCGAGGGGAUCUUGGACAUCAGCUGCCCACUCCAGAUGACAGGGCGACCUGUGAUGUAUGUUACACGCUAUAUAGUGCCAGCAAAUUGUACCUCCAGCCACCCUAUCAACCCAUUACGCCUGCAGCUGGAUCCACCUCCAACACCUUUCCCGUGGCAGGAGCAGUACUAUGUGCAGAAGCAAGAUGGCGCAUGGAGCAGUGGAUCUGGGGGGCACAGCUUCAGCCUGGGAUGUAAAGAGGGUGAAUGUUUCCAACUACGCUGCCACAUGGGGGCACUACAACGACAGGAAAGUGUCAGUUUGCGUCUCUACUUUCGUAUCUGGUCUAAGAGUUUUCAGCAGAAGGAGAGCAAUCCCCAUAGCAUCCAGUGUGAAGCCGUCUAUCAUGUACAGAAAGUGCCUUACAAAAUCCAACUGGAAAAGCAGCCCCCUGCCAGCAUGAAGGUGUCAACCUCACUGCAUUGGGCCAAAGCAGAGACCAGCCAGGGGGUUCCUCUCUGGAUCAUCAUCUUAGCCAUUCUGAUUGGACUGCUGCUCCUGGCACUGCUCAUCUAUGUUUUAUACAAGCUGGGCUUUUUCAAGCGCUCUCUUCCAUAUGGGACGGCCAUGGAGAAGGCUCAACUGAAGCCACAAGCAGCUUCGGAGGCCUAGCAGGCCCAGCAUUGCCCUCUGCACAUGUGUGUUGUCGCUGCUGUCCUGCAGAGGGGCACCAGGAUUGCCUGCCGCGAGCACUGGGGAGGGGAGUGCAUCAGACACCAACAGGGCAAAGAAUGGGCAGGGCCCCAGCGGCUGAGCCCCCCCAGUGGACUGCCACAAAGAACAAUGCGCCAGGCUCCUCUGCCCCACACCAAAAGAGGUUCCUUCCCUCUCCCCCCAUUCCCUGGGGCUUGGAUCCUACAAAGACGUUGUACCCUGACUGGGGUCUGCAGCAGGCCUUUGCUCCCAGCCAAAGGGAAUACUUGAAGCCGCUGGAGCGGCCGGUGCUGGCCUGAUCUCAGGCCCCCUCUGCCAAGCUGCCUGUUCCGUCCAUCUUUGGGGAAGGGAGUGUUGCCCUGGACAGUUUUGAUGCUGCCAAUCUCCUCUGAAACAGCUCAGCCAUGAUGAUGAUGAAGAUGAAGGAAAAGCACAAUCACCUCCCAAAUCUUGCCCGUUCUCUUGCACGGGCCAGAAUGGAGGAUCCUGGGCUUUCACUUUCUGUCUCCCCACACCCCUGGCCUGCUUCCUGUGGGGAAUGACGUGGGACAGAGACUUAAGCUAGGAAAGCCGGAUGCUCCCGCAAUGCCAAAGUUUGCCACGUUAGGAAGCCAAGCCAUUGCCCGGUGUCGGCCCGGACUUGUCGACGGUCUUCGCACUGAUCUCCGAAAAACCGCUAGAGAUUUUAUUUUUCAGAUGCCACUUUAAUUGAAAGAAGAGGAAGAAGAAGGAAUGAGGAAGCUGCUGCCGCCUCCGAAUUUCAGAGACAGGGGUUGCUGUUUUAAUUUAAAAUGUCCAAUGUGCAAUAAAUGCUUCCAUAUUUUCCA